AUGAGUAGGUAUCAAAACGACUUGAAGGCUGCUGAUGAGCUUAAUACAACCACUACCAAUAAUAACACAGAUACGAUGUGGUCAAGAGCUUGUUUUUUAACGCGUUUGGUUGCUUGUUCUGUACGCGUUUCUGAAACUGCCGGUCGAGUCAUAAAGGAUAUAAUGCGAAAUGGUGAUCUGAAAAUAGUUGAUAAAGGCCACGGUGGUAAGGAGGAUUUUCAGACUGAGGCUGAUCGAUCGGCACAAUAUUGUAUCAUUAAAUCAUUGCAAAACAAAUUCGGAUCUCAACUUACUGUUAUUGGAGAAGAGGAAGUUGUAUCUGCUGUACCUUACAUUGAUGCGAGCUACUCGAAAGAGGUGCUUAAAUUCGAUGAAAAGUGUUCGAAGGAGUUGCGAGAAAUUGAUGUUAAUGAUGUGGUUGUAUGGGUUGAUCCUUUGGAUGGUACUUGUGAGUUUGCUCAAGCAAAUAAGAAUGGAUCGCCGCUUCUACAGCAAGUAACAGUUUUAAUAGGAAUCAGUUACAAAGGACGUUCAGUGGCAGGCGUAAUACACCAACCUUAUUGGGGUGAGAAACAGGGUGGACGAACAAUCUGGGGUAUUGUUGGUGUUGGCACGCAUGGAAUUGAUAUUGUUAGAGAUCGAACCGAACGUGUCGUUGUAACAACACGAAGUCAUUCGACAACAACAGUUGCUGAUGCGUUAGAAGCAUUAAAAAGAAAUGGACUUGCUGAUGAAGUGCAGCCGGUUGGUGGUGCCGGAUACAAGGUUAUCAGAUGUCUCGAGGGUGCAGCAGCUUAUGUGUUCGCAAGCGCAGGUUGCAAAAAAUGGGAUACAGCCGCUCCUGAAGCAGUCAUUAUUGCAGCAGGAGGUAAACUAACAGAUGUAACGGGUCGACAAUUAUAUUAUGGCGCAGAUGCACAGAUCAAUAAUACCGGAGGAGUUUUAGCAACUUCAAGCUGGGUUAAUCAUCAGCCAUGCUAUAUAUGUGCAGCUGCAUGGAAGUUUCGUCAGCACAAUAAUGUUAUAAAUCGAGAAGAGGAGGCGAAAUUAUCCGAGGAUGAUGAGAAGUGUUGUAUUUCAUCGGUGAUUCAUGAUAUUGAAGAAACGCUCAAAAAAAUGAAUCCAGACGAAUGGACAAAUAAAGCGAUUAAUAUUGAUCAACUGCAGCUUGAUACCCAACAAUUCGUUAAUCGUACUUCAUCAAGUCGAACAAGCGUUAAUCAAUUGAAGAAACAACUGGAUGUACUCAACGAGAAAUGGUCAAAGUAUGCACUGCAAAGAGAUUUUAAUAAGUGGGCAGCGUUGAGGCAUUGGCUACAUAUACCGGGUUUAAUGCGACGUAUAAAGAUGAUUCAAAAAGAUUUACGCAAUGGACGGCAAACGUCCCGCAAUAAACGUCUUAAAGAACGAAUAGAUAACGCUGAAAAUACUCUUUAUGGAAUCAAGAGUCGAAUUCGUCAUUUGUAUGCAAUCUAUCAUCGUGAAUCUAAAUCGAAAUCACCAGUUGCCCAUUUCAAGAAGCAGUUGCAACUGGCCGUUCAGAGACGACGUCAGACACCGACGUUGUCUCACCGAUACCGAUUAACACCUUCACCAAACAGUAUUAGCAGCAGCACAUAUCAACACAUUCCACGUUCAUCCUCUACUUAUUCCUCUCGCAACAGUUUUAUGAAUGCUCGCUACUAA